GCUCGGAAGAUGCUCCCGGUUGUUCACGAAACGGGUGGACCACCCUCGUCGCGACGGCGGCAUCGCGUCACCGCGGUUUCUCUCGGUGUCGCCGCGUCGGUUAUUCCCCAAGAGAACACGAGAAACACUGGUACCGGGAAAAUCAACAGACCAACAUCUACUGCCACAAUGAUGACCAUGGCCUUAACCGUCCUCUUGGUCCUGGUGCCCGCGGCGUUCCCGGACAAGAUUCCCAUUGGUGCCAUUUUUGAGCAAGGCACCGACGAAGUACAAUCCGCCUUCAAGUUCGCGAUGAUGAACCACAACCAGAAUAUUACGACCCGCAAGUUUGAGCUGCAAGCCUUCGUGGAUGUAAUUAAUACCGCGGAUGCCUACAAGCUCUCCCGCCUCAUUUGCAACCAGUUUAGCAGAGGCGUGUUUUCGAUGUUGGGCGCCGUAAGUCCAGACUCGUUCGAUACGCUGCACUCUUACAGCAACACCUUCCAGAUGCCAUUUGUGACACCCUGGUUCCCCGAAAAGGUCCUGACGCCGUCUUCGGGUCUCCUGGACUUCGCCAUAAGUAUGCGACCGGAUUACCAUCGCGCUAUCAUCGAUACGGUGCGAUACUACGGAUGGAAGAAAAUCAUCUACCUCUACGACUCCCAUGAUGGUCUGCUAAGGCUGCAGCAGAUUUAUCAGGGGCUGAAACCAGGCAACGAGUCCUUUCAAGUCGAAACCGUCAAGAGAAUACAGAACAUGUCAGAGGCGAUCGAUUUUCUACGCAGCCUGGAGGAACUUAACCGAUGGAGCAACAAAUACGUCGUUCUCGACUGCCCGACAGACAUGGCGAAGGACAUCGUUGUAAGCCACGUGAGGGACAUCGCUUUGGGAAAAAGGACGUAUCAUUACCUGCUGAGCGGUUUAAUAAUGGACGACCGAUGGGAGAGUGAGGUGAUCGAGUACGGUGCCAUCAACAUCACGGGCUUUCGCAUCGUGGACGCCACUCGACCUCACGUCAAGGAUUUCCUCGCCGCCUGGCAUCGCCUGGAUCCCGCCAUGUCUCAAGGCGCUGGUCGUGAAUCCAUUUCCGCGCAAGCCGCGCUGAUGUACGACGCCGUGUUCGUCCUGGUUGAAGCCUUCAACAAGUUCCUGAGGAAGAGGACCGAUAAACCUAGUACACGACGAAUUACUACGGGCGGCAAUCAGCCCACAAACGGAACGGAACGGAAGAUUGCUUUAGAUUGCUAUAACAAUCGCGGCUGGGUGACACCAUGGGAAUACGGCGACAAAAUCUCGAGACUUUUAAGAAAGGUCGAGAUUGAAGGGUUGACGGGGGAGAUACGGUUCAACGACGACGGUCGACGACAAAAUUACACGCUUCAUGUCGUCGAGAUGACUGUUAACAGCGCUAUGGUGAAAGUUGCCGAGUGGACCGAUGAAGCUGGUUUUCAAGCAAUAGCCGCAAAAUAUGUGCGACUUCGUCCGCAUGAAAUCGAAAAGAAUAAAACUUAUAUCAUUAGUACGAUAAUGGAGGAGCCUUACAUAAUGAAAAGAUCAUCAGACAACACUGAAGUGCUUGUCGGAAAUGAUAAUUAUGAAGGAUAUUGUAAGGAUUUAGCUGAUCUCAUCGCUAAAAAGUUGGGCAUAUCAUACGAGCUGCGGAUCGUGAAGGAUGCAAAAUACGGUACGGAGAACCCGGACGUUCCCGGCGGCUGGGACGGCAUGGUCGGGGAGCUUAUCAGAAAGGAAGCUGAUAUAGCGAUCGCUCCCCUGACUAUCACUUCCGAACGAGAACGCGUGAUUGAUUUUAGUAAACCAUUCAUGUCUCUCGGCAUCAGCAUCAUGAUAAAAAAACCCAUCAAACAAAAGCCCGGAGUCUUCAGCUUUCUGAAUCCGCUGAGCAAAGAGAUUUGGGUGUGCGUUAUUUUCUCCUACAUCGCAGUUUCUAUCGUCCUGUUUAUUGUGUCGAGAUUUUCGCCGUAUGAGUGGAGAGUCCUAACCAUUAGCGGCAGCACGGAUUCGACUAUUAGUGGACGAAAUGACCCCAGUUUGCAGCAUCCGCACACGCCUCAAGGUUCACCCCACAUGCCAACUUCUAGCAUGGCCAACGACUUCAGCAUCGUAAACAGCCUCUGGUUCGCUCUAGCGUCGCUUAUGCAACAGGCCUGCGAUAUUUCACCCAGAUCCAUAUCUGGUCGCAUAGCCGGGAGCGUCUGGUGGUUCUUCACUCUGAUUUUAAUAUCUUCCUACACUGCGAAUCUUGCCGCAUUUUUGACCAUUGAGAGAAUGGUCACGCCAAUUAAUUCACCCGAGGAUUUGGCGGCGCAAACGGAAGUACAGUACGGCACACUCGCUCAGGGCGCUACACGCGAGUUUUUUCGAAAAUCUCAGAUCAGUCUCUACAGCAAGAUGUGGGAGUUCAUGAAUUCGCGUAAGCACGUAUUCGUGAAGUCGUAUGAGGAGGGAAUACAAAGAGUGAGAACGAGUAAAGGCAAGUACGCGCUUUUAAUAGAAAGCCCGACAAAUGAGUACGUCAACGAGAGAGAACCUUGCGACACGAUGAAGGUCGGAAGAAACCUCGAUGCCCAGGGAUUUGGCGUCGCGACGCCGUUAGGAUCCCCUCUCAAGGAUCCCAUAAACUUGGCGGUGCUAUCGCUGAAGGAAAAUGGAGAAUUAGCGAAGCUGGUCGAACGAUGGUGGUACGAAAGGACAGAAUGCAGACACGGUGAUAAACAAGACGCUGUCAGAAACGAAUUAUCCCUGAGCAAUGUGGCGGGAAUAUUUUAUAUCCUCAUCGGUGGCCUUCUUCUGGCACUCGCCGUAGCUCUCUUGGAGUUUUGCUACAAAUCACACACAGAGGCGACAAGAGCGAAGAUACCGUUGUCGGACGCAAUGAAGGCGAAAGCACGACUUACCAUCGGUGGUGCUCGCGAUUUCGACAAUGGACGGCGCGGCAAGAAGCGAGUGCUGGCUGCGGAAGUGCCGACUUUGACGACGUUCGCGCCGAAGUACUACGCUCCAGCAAACGCGAUUGGGAACACCGAGGGGGAUCAAGUACACAGCAAUACCCAUACCCAAGUAUAAACUACCCGGAGAGCCCGAGCGACUCGCCCGUCAAUUCACUGCCCACGCCCCCGCCGCCACCGCUAGUGUCACCCGCGCCGCCAC